CGGGCGUGUAUAUGCAUUUUCGCUUACAGGUGGUUGUAAAAAUUUCAGGGAGACACCAUGGCCAUCCUUAGCAACAUCGCAGUCGUUCUGGUUCUUGUCUGCAUCGCUCACCAGGUCUUGGUGACCGACUGUCAACGGGGCCAGGGUAAAAAGGGCAAAAAUGACGGUCGGAGAAGCGACAGGGGGAACAAAGAGGGUCCACCAAAGACGCCCCCAGAUACACCAGCUGACAACAGCGGACAGAAGACACAAGGUGGAAAGGGGGUUUUUAAGGGGAAGAUUUCUCACAAGGACAAGACGCAGUGCACCUGGGUGGCGACCGGAGAGGACACGUUCACCCUUGGCGUUAACUGCAAGAAAGGAAGGGACACUUUUGACUGCGAGUACACGGCAAGACCCGCGACGUGCCCCCGGUAUGCGUCCGGUGUCAGAGCCUACUGGAAACAGAUUGGCCGCGCUUUGAAGAAGCAGAAAGCUCUGUGCAAGGACCCCGCGGCGCUUGUUAAAGCCGGUAUGUGUAGAAAUGCCCCAAAGGACGCGCAUUUCAAACUUAAUAGCGCACUGCUUACGCACCUACAAACCACACAGCCGCCUCCAUCAUCGGACGGUAAGCAGUGCGGUGACGGUGAAAACACGGUGCAAGAGUACUGCAGCGGUCCUUGGUCAAGUGUCUGUACUUUCUUUUAUUCAAUGUUUCAAACCGAGGACUGCUGA